AAGAGAGACGGAAAGGCAACAGAGAGAGAGAGAGAAGUGAGAGCAUCUGAGCAUUCUCCUCCAUCAGGAGGAGGAAGGAGGCAAAGAGAGCGAGCUGGAGAAUGAACAGCUCAGCUUCUUUCCGCUGCAUCCCUCAUCCUCCCAUCACUGCUGAGCAGUGCAGCGGAGGAUCCGUCUCAGCGGCUCAGGAGCUUUUACACUUGGCUGGAGAUCUGCUUUCAAAGCUCGGGGUUGUGUUUCAAGCAGAAAGAUUAUGAGCUCUCCUCAACUACAGGAGAGAAAACAAAAAGAUAUCUGAGUGAAUGCACAUCCAGUUAUUGCACCUCAAGGAGAUCCUGGAGGAAUUCCAGAUCUUUAAGGGUACUUUCUUCCCAGAUGACUGCAUGCCAAAAUCGGGGAAAGAAGGCGAGAAGAUGCUUUGAGGUGAGAAACACAUAAAGCAGUUCCUGCGUGGUGACACUGACUGUUUGCUGGUACGAUGGGGUGCACCACCAGUGUGGUUCUUUUGGAGGGGCUCCGAUCCAUCCUUGAGAGGAACUGUGGCUACAUUAAGGGAGCGGUGGAGAUGGGGGCGCUGGAGGAGGAAGAGGAAACACUCAGCCUGAGGUUUUCUCAACUGUGGAUUCCCACCACAGCUCUGGUAAAGCCAAAAAUUAUUGAGCCUCUGGACUAUGAGAAUGUCAUUGCACAGAGGAAGACCUACAUCAUCAGUGAUGUUCUGCGAGACAUGCUGCAGUUCCCAUCUGAUGACUUUCAGAUUUCCACCCUGAGGCGCCAAGGCAGGACUCUGUUCUCCACGGUGCCAGAGACUGCUGAGAAAGAGGCUCACUCUCUGUUUGUCCAAGAGUGUAUCAAAACCUACAAGUCGGACUGGCAUGUGGUCAAUUACAAGUAUGAGGAGUAUUCUGGAGACUUUCGCCAGCUCCCAAAUAAGCUGUUGAGACCUGAAAAGUUGGCAACUCACUUGUUUGAAGUGGAUGAAGAUGUGGAAAAAGAUGAGGAUUCACCCUCUCUCGGCUCACAAAAGGGGGGAGUGUCAAAGCACGGAUGGCUGUACAAAGGCAACAUGAACAGUGCAAUCAGUGUUACCAUGCGGUCUUUCAAGAGGAGGUACUUCCAUCUGGCCCAGUUGGGAGACGGGUCCUACAAUCUCAACUUCUACAAAGAUGAGAACACUUCCAAGGAACCCAAAGGAACCAUCUUCCUUGACUCAUGUAUGGGAGUUAUUCAGAACAGCAAACUGCGUCGGUUUGCCUUCGAGCUGAAGAUGCAGGAUAAGAGCACGUUCCUGCUGGCUGCAGACAGCGAAGGCGAGAUGGAGGAAUGGAUCAACAUCCUCAACAAAAUCCUCCACAGCAGCUUUGAACAGGCCAUGCAGGAGAAGAGAAAUGGGGACCUGCAUGAUGAUGACGAGCAAGGAAAAACUGACCUCUCUUCUGGAAGUUUUCAAGACAGCUUUCAGACCGUCAGAGAUAUUGAGUCCAAAAUGCGGAGUGAAGCUCGUCUGAAACUGUUCACUUUGGACCCUGACACACAGAAACUGGAUUUCUCUGGCAUUGAGCCAGACGUGCGGCAGUUUGAAGAGAAGUUUGGGAAGAGAAUCCUGGUCAGCUGCCACAAUCUGUCAUUCAACCUGCAGAGCUGCGUCACAGAAAAUGAAGAAGGGCCGACAACUAAUGUUGAGCCAUUUUAUGUGGUCCUGUCACUUUUUGACAUCCAGAACAGUCGAAAGAUCUCAGCAGAUUUCCAUGUUGAUCUCAACCACCCUUUGGUCCGACAAAUGACCUCCAGCUCAUGUUCCACAAGCAGCCCAGACAUGCAUAUCAAUGGCAGCAGUGGUGAACAUCCUCUGGGGGCUUGCAGGUUGGCCAGUGGUCUCCUAGAGGGGGCCCUCCAGUACCCCAGACAAGGGGUGUUCUCAGUCACGUGCCCCCAUCCAGAGAUCUUCUUGGUUGCCAGGAUUGAGAAGGUCCUGCAAGGCGGAAUUACUCAUUGCACUGAACCCUACAUGAAGAGCUCAGACUCUGCAAAGAUGGCUCAGAAGGUGCUCAAGAAUGCCAAGAUGGCCUGCAGCAGACUUGGACAGUACAGGAUGCCAUUCGCCUGGUCUGCACGGCCUGUGUUCAAAGACGCAUCAGGAACUUUGGACAAAAGCGCUCGUUUCUCAGCUCUUUAUAGACAGGACAGCAGCAAACUGUCAGAUGAGGACAUGUUCAAACUGCUUACUGACUUCAGAAAACCAGAGAAAAUGGCAAAACUUCCAGUGCUCUUGGGGAACUUAGAUGUGACUCUUGACAGCGUGGCCCCGGACGUAUCCAAUUGUGUCACCUCGUCCUACAUCCCUGUGAGGAACUUUGAAGGGAAUGGGCCUGGCAGCGCUCUUCUGGAAGUGGAGGAGUUUGUACCCUGCAUUGCCAAGUGUUCCCAACCCUUCACCAUCUACAAAAACCACCUCUAUAUUUAUCCAAAACACCUCAAAUAUGACAGCCAGAAAUCCUUUGCUAAGGCGAGGAAUAUUGCAGUUUGCAUUGAAUUCAAGGACUCUGAUGAGGAUGAUGCUCAACCACUGAAGUGCAUCUUCGGUCGUCCAGGAGGUCCUCUCUUUUGGAAACAGGCGUAUGCAGCUGUCCUGCACCACCAACAGAACCCAGAGUUCUACGAUGAGAUAAAGAUUGAGCUACCUACCCAGCUGCAUGAGAAACAUCACCUUCUGUUCACCUUCUAUCAUGUGAGCUGUGAAAGCAACAGCAAGAAAAAAGACCUGGUGGAGGCUCCAGUGGGGUCGGCGUGGCUGCCUCUGCUCAGAGACGGCAGAGUCAUCGUGAGCGAACAGCAGCUGCCCGUGGCUGCCAAUCAGCCUGCAGGAUACCUCAGCUCCCAGGACAGCAUCACCAAGUACGCUGGCUCGGAGAUCAAAUGGGUUGAUGGAGGGAAACCCCUGUUUAAAGUCUCUACACAUCUUGUUUCUACAAUUUACACUCAGGAUCAGCACUUGCACAACUUCUUCCAUCACUGUCAGAAUAUGGAGAUGUCAGAACAGGCCUCAGAAGGGGAGCUGGUUAAAUACCUGAAGAGUCUCCAUGCGAUGGAGGGUCACGUCAUGGUCAACUAUCUGCCCACCAUGCUCAACCAGUUGUUCAGUGUCCUAACCAGAGCCACACAUGAGGACGUGGCCGUCAAUGUAACCAGGGUGAUGGUUCACGUGGUUGCACAAUGUCACGAAGAGGGUCUUGAGCAUUACUUGAGAUCUUACAUCAAGUUUGUGCUGAAGCCAGAGCCUUAUUCCUCCAUCAACGUCAAGACAGUCCAUGAGGAGCUGGCUAAAACCAUGACAGCCAUACUCAGACCAUCCACGGACUUCCUAACGAGCAACAAGCUGCUGAAGCACUCUUGGUUCUUCUUUGAAGCUUUGGUGAAAUCAGUGGCUCAUUAUCUCAUAGAGAGCGGAAAGAUCAGGCUGUCGAGGAGCCAGCGGUUUUCAGCAUCUUUCUACAAUGCGGUGGAGACGCUGGUCACCAUGUUGAUGCCACAUAUCACCCAGAAAUACAAGGACAACCUCGACGCGGCGCGCAACGCCAACCACAGCUUAGCAGUUUUCAUCAAGCGAUGCUUCACCUUCAUGGACAGAGGCUUUGUCUUCAAGCAGAUCAACAACUACAUGAAUUGUUUUUUACCUGGAGACCCAAAGACGUUGUAUGAGUUCAAGUUUGAGUUCCUGCGGGUUGUUUGCAACCAUGAGCACUAUGUCCCUCUGAACCUGCCCAUGCCCUUUGGAAAGGGUAGAUUUCAACGGUUUCAAGAUCUUCAGCUGGACUAUUCUCUGACAGAUGACUUCUGUCAAAACCACUUCCUAGUUGGGUUUCUGCUCAGGGAGGUGAGCGGGGCUCUGCAGGAAAUCAGAGAGAUCCGUCAGAUCGCCAUCCAGGUGCUCAAGGGCCUUAUGGUCAAACACACCUUUGACGAUCGCUAUGCUGCAAAAAGCCAGCAGGCCAGACUUGCUACCCUCUACCUCCCCCUGUUUGGCCUCCUCCAGGAGAACGUCCACAGACUCGACAUCAAGGAGUCAGCAUCCGUUAGUCAAAACAAUAGCGCUAAGGAGGACUCUCUGGUUCCUAACUCCAUGAUGACUCCACAGAAGCCAGGCAGCUGUAUAGAAAACGCUCUCCACAAAGACGUGUUUGGAGUCAUAUCUGGAACAGCCUCGCCUCACAGCUCCACUCCUAAUGUCAGCUCAGUUCAUCACGCUGACUCUCGCGGCUCUCUGGCCUCCACUGACUCUGGGACUAGCCUGCAGGACAAAACCACUGACAAGGCCAACUCUCUGGAAAAGAACCCGUGCACGUCAGCUCUGGGCAGCACCACGCUGAGAUGUGACAAAUUGGACCGCGAUGAGAUCAAAAACCUGCUCAUGUGCUUUCUGCAUAUCCUCAAGAGCAUGUCAGAUGAGGCCCUUUUUGCAUACUGGAACAAAGCGGCUCCAUCAGAACUAAUGGACUUCUUUACAUUAAUAGAAAUCUGCCUUCAUCAGUUCAGAUACAUGGGGAAGAGAUUCAUUGCAAGGAGCCAAGAGGGGGCGGCACCUGUAGCUGCAGACAGGAAGUCUCUGACUCUGCCUGUGUCUCGUAACAGGGUGGGAAUUCUGCACGCCCGCCUGCAGCAGCUGGGAGCGCUGGAGAACGCUCACACCUUCAACAACAUGUACGGCCACACGGAUGCAGACGUAAGCAACCAGUGCCUGCUGGAGGCCAACGUGUCCACAGAGGUGUGUCUCACUGUGCUGGACACACUCAGCACCUUCAUCAUGGGAUUCAAGCUGCAGCUGAAUUCAGAUUUGGGUCACAACCCCCUGAUGAAGAAAGUUGUUCAGGUACACUUGUGCUUCCUGCAGAUCCCUCAGUCGGAGGCUGCACUCAAACAGGUCUUCGCCUCGCUCCGGACCUUUGUCUACAAGUUCCCCUGCGCAUUUUUUGACGGCCGUGCCGACAUGUGUGCCUCUUUGUGUUAUGAAAUCUUGAAGUGCUGUAACUCCAAGCUGAGUUCCAUCCGAAGCGACGCAGCCCAUCUUCUCUACUUCCUCAUGAAGAGCAACUUUGACUACACCGGUCGCAGGUCCUUCGUACGAACGCACCUGCAGGUGGUAAUCGCUGUCAGUCAGCUGAUCGCUGAUGUCAUCGGCAUUGGAGGAACCCGUUUCCAGCAAUCUCUAUCCAUCAUCAACAACUGUGCCAACAGCGACAAGAGCAUCAAGCACACAGCAUUUCCAUCAGAUGUGAAGGACCUGAUGAAACGCAUCAGGACGGUGCUGAUGGCCACGGAGCAGAUGAAGGAGCAUGAAAAUGACCCAGAGAUGUUGGUGGACCUCCAGUACAGUUUGGCCAAGUCCUACACCAGCACCCCUGAACUCCGCAAGACCUGGUUGGACAGCAUGGCUCGCAUCCACAACAAGAACGGAGAUCUUUCAGAGGCUGCCAUGUGCUAUGUGCAUGUCGCCGCUCUAGUGGCAGAGUAUCUGUGGCGGAAAGGUAUGUUCAGGCAGGGCUGCUCGACUUUCCGUGUUAUCACGCCAAACAUUGAUGAGGAGGUGGCCAUGAUGGAGGAUGUAGGAAUGCAGGAUGUGCACUUUAAUGAGGAGGUGUUGAUGGAACUGCUGGAGGAGUGCGCUGAUGGCCUCUGGAAGGCGGAACGUUAUGAGCUUAUUGCCGAUGUCUACAAGCUCAUCAUUCCCAUCUUCGAGCAACGCAGGGACUUUGAGAAACUGAGCCAUCUGUACGACACACUCCACCGUGCUUACACCAAAGUGAUGGAGGUGAUGCACACUGGCAAGAGACUGCUAGGCACCUUCUUCAGAGUGGCCUUCUUCGGACAGGCUGCGGGUUUCUUUGAGGAUGAGGAUGGUAAAGAGUACAUCUACAAGGAGCCAAAGUUCACUCCGCUGUCAGAGAUUUCCCAGAGGCUCCUGAAACUCUACUCUGACAAGUUUGGCCAAGAAAAUGUGAAGAUUAUUCAGGACUCUGGCAGGGUGAAUCCAAAGGACCUGGAUCUAAAAUACGCGUACAUCCAGGUGACCCACGUCACGCCCUACCUCGAUGACAAAGAGCUGGAGGACAGAAAGACCGACUUUGAGAAAAGCCACAACAUCCGACGCUUUGUGUUUGAGACCCCCUUCACAGUGUCUGGAAAGAAGCAGGGAGGAGUGGAGGAACAAUGUAAACGCCGGACAAUUCUCACCACCACCCACUGCUUCCCUUAUGUGAAGAAACGCAUCGCAGUGAUGUACCAACACCAGACGGACCUCAGCCCCAUCGAGGUGGCCAUCGAUGAGAUGAGCACUAAGGUGGCUGAGCUGCGGCUCCUGUGUUCAGCCUCUGAGGUGGACAUGAUCCGCCUUCAGCUCAAACUACAAGGCAGCAUCAGUGUUCAGGUAAAUGCUGGUCCUCUGGCUUAUGCACGAGCCUUCUUAGACGACAGCAGUGCCAAGAAAUACCCAGACAACAAAGUUAAACAGCUCAAAGAAGUAUUCAGACAGUUUGUGGAUGCCUGUGGCCAGGCACUCGGAGUGAAUGAGCGGCUCAUCAAAGAGGACCAACAGGAGUAUCAUGAUGAAAUGAAAGCCAACUACCGGGAUUUGACCAGAGAGCUGUCGAAUAUCAUGCAUGAACAAAUCACUGUAUUGGAGGACGGAACCAGGAGCGGCCUCUCCGACUCUGUGGGUAUCUUCAGUGCCAUCAGUGGUACGCCUACCAGCGCCAACCCACAUGGCUCGACCGCCAUACUCUGACAUGGAUACUCCAUGGCAGACGCGCCUCCUCCGUCUCUGCUGAUAGGUUACCUGCCAGUGCAGUGAGGUUUUGAAGAAGUGCUUCGGGCAUAUUUCGUGUCUCCAAGCUGAAGUCUGCAUCUGUAGGUGUAGUUUCAAGCCGUGACUUGGAAAAUGUGAUGUUUCCUCUCCUUAUUAACAGCCGCUUCAUCGUUUCUCUUUCCUAUGGAGACUUGAGUGAAGAUUGACUUUGA